UUACUUAAGACGAAUGAUGCAAGAAUGGACAGUUUUUACUCAUGAAUUAUGUCCAGAGAUCCAGACUGUACUGACCACUCCAUCACUUCUUUUCGCCGUUUAGUGAAAGCACGAAGUAAGAUUCGUCUACUUGGCUGCGUCCUGGUAAGGAGUAUUGUCCUGUGGGGAAUUUCUGGGACCAAGCUCGCAAGUACUUCUGCUCCCCCCAAAAGCCAAGAGCCACAGUAUCACACGGUUCCUUCUGGGACUACGUGUUUCUUUAUUUUAUUAUUGUAUUAAAUACAUUUGUGUUUAUUCUGAAAUAAAUAUAUGUUAAUCUUUAAAACCUGCUUUUUUUUAUAUUUUUCCAUCGUCGAUCGCUUUAUUGUAAGAUUUGGAAAAAAAUUAAGAAGAAAUGGAGGGAAAGCGCACUUCUAUUUCCAGUAGUAGUGCAGCGAUUGCUAGCGACUCGCGUCGCUGCAUUUGUGAUCGCGAGGGAAAAAGGGAAAUAGUGGAUUGCGGAAAAGCUGUUGUUUACAUCAAAGCUCCCAGUUGUAAUGGCUUGCCUGUUUCAAUUUCUAUAACAUGCCUACUUGCUUCGCUCCCGGAUGUACGAAUCGACGUGAAAACAAUACGGUUGAGGAAAAUAGGUCUUUCUUUUCUUUCCCAAAUGAUGUGGGAACUCUAUCCUUGUGGAAAAAAGCUAUUCCUCGAAACCCAAGUGACAUAACGAAAAGUAGUAAGCUGUGUGAUAUAAAUUUCAAUGACAGUGACAUUAUGAAGACUGUACUAAAAACUGUGAAUGGUAAACGUAUUGAAGUCCCGUCGCGAGGUCGUAUUAAAGGUACAGCUGUACCAACUAAAUUUCCCAUUUGCCCAUCAUAUCUCAGCAGGUCAAAGCAACCUAAAAGAUUACUGGAGCGAUUACACAUGCGUCAGGUUGCAGCAAAGAAAUCAAAAGAGGAUGUAACAGUACACCAAUCCCCAACUGACAAUGUAGAGAAACAAAGUGAUAUCGAUAUUCCUUCACUUGAUAGUGAUAGUUCUACUGUAAUUACUGAAGACAAUGGGCUACAAGCAAAGGACAUCAAGGUUCCCAACCAAGACUGGAAUCUAAAGCACUCGUCAACCGACCUUGAUUCGUAUUUACUUCACGAAGUGACAGCUGUGGUCCACGGUGGCCUAUUACACGUUAGAAAAUCCAUGAAGAUCAACUUUAUUACGAAGAAAAUCGAAUUCCACAUUCUGAAUACGCCUUACACAUCCACUGAAUACCCUGAAGAUUUCACAGAAAUCACUUGCUUGCAAGCUGUAAUCACCAAAUUUUCUAACGCAGCUUUGUGUCCUGGUAUUGUUGAUGAGAAAUAUCACACCAUUAAACACAUUCAAAUUGGCACCGGAUCGUUUGACACUGGUGUUUCGCUUUCUUCUACGUGCUCAAAACUGUUGGAGGGAAAAAAAACGAAACGCCUCAUUUGUGGUAGCUGCCAUGCAUUUAAAACUAACGUGUUGACACACAGAUUAAUACGCUUUAAUGACCACGGUGACCGCUUCAGCCUGCAUACCAAUAACAAGAAUCUUACUGCCCCAGAAUUGAAAAUAAAGUUAAAAGAAUACAAGAAAGAGAAAAGAAAUGCCGUUAAGAACACUCUUAGAGGAAAUAAGAGGAAAAAGGAUGCCGCUGCUCAUUUAACUGCGUUGAAGAAAGAAUUCCAAGUCUUCAAAGAAGAUUCCGUCGCGAACAUUUUAGACGGCCUCUCUGGAAAGUUAGCACUUGUAAUGCAACAAACCUGGACUAGUCAAACCCUAAACCUCCGUUAUUUAUUUUUUAACAUCAUGAGACCAAUUGAUUUGUUGAGCUGCACUUAUUUUCACCUCUUGCGGUCACCAAAUUUUCCUUUAAGUGCACCUAGGUGAUCGAAAAGUAACGCAAAAUGAAGUGCUCCCAAUUAAUUUCUCAAAUUGAAGUGAUCUCACGCCUCCGCUUUCCAAUGGCGUUUCAAAACAUUUCGGGAAAUGAUAUUUUUUUUAUUCUUAAGUUCCCCGCUUUUAAUUCAAAUAUAUAGAUAAAGCCAACGAAAUAUUUUGAACUGCCUCUUCGAAUUCACAGGAAGAAAAACACUUCAUUUUGAGCAUUUGUUUUAUAGCACUUCAUUUUCCGUCACUUUAGCGAUCCGUAUGAACCCCACAUCAAUUGUAUUAAGCUCUGCUCACACUUUCCCACUUGUUACUACAUUUCCGUAUAUGUUCAAGAAACGUAUGUUACUAUUUAUCUCAAAUAUGACGUCUUAACUAAAUCUUAA